AUAAGCUGCACCGUUGCGUCCGGCCCCUGCUCACUAUCGACUUUUUAAAAUUGAUGUACGGUUCAAUUUUUUUCGAGCUUUUAUGUGUGAGGAUUUGUAAUGCCAAGUGAACGAACUUUGAUGAGAGGGAAACAGCUUCAUCGUGGCAGAAAUGAUACCAAGAGGAAGAGGUUUGAGUUGGGAAGGGAAGGCUUAGUGAGCACGAGAAGCCAAAGAUUCCUCCUCUUUCGAAGUGUCAACCAUGGCGACCUCCCUGCUGCGCCCGGCGUUCUCUCCCCUCGUUGCCACCGUUGCAGCAUCGCCCUCUCUUAGAUCUUCUUUCUCUUUUGCACCCGGCGCACUGCAGUUGCGUUCUUGCCCACCUGCGUUGCGGACCUUGACGCCACGGCAGGGCCGCUUACCAUGCGGCGGCGUCGUUGCGAUGGCCGGAGAGUUGGCUAGAGCCCAGCCCGUCUCCACUCCUGAGGUAGAAGCGUUUCUAGAUACAUUGAAAUGGGAUAAGAACGGCCUGGUGGUUGCCAUAGCUCAAAAUGUGGAUACAGGCGCAAUACUCAUGCAGGGCUUUGCCAACCGGGAUGCAAUAUCAGCCACAAUAGCAUCCCGGCGUGCCACAUUUUUCAGUCGUAGUCGCUCACAGUUAUGGACGAAAGGCGAGACUUCCCACAAUUUCAUUCACGUACAAGAUAUAUCUAUCGACUGUGACCGAGAUUCCAUCGUAUAUCUAGGACAGCCUGAUGGUCCCACAUGCCAUACUGGUGCGGAGACAUGCUAUUACACUUCUGUACCAAUGGACGAGCCAAAAUUGCUUGCGUCGACCUUGUAUGCAUUGGAGGAGUUGAUUGCCAGACGAAAAACUGAGGAAAUUGCCCCUGGUGCAAAACCGUCUUGGACAAGACGACUACAGCAAGAUCCCAAGUUGUUGUGUUCCAAAAUUAGGGAAGAAGCAUCUGAACUGUGCCAAACAGUAGAAGCAUCGGAAGGAAUGGAACGCACAGUGUCGGAGAUGGCAGAUCUGUUGUACCAUAGCAUGGUUUUACUGUCUGUCCAGAACGUCAAGUUGGAAGAGGUGACGACUGAGUUACGAAAACGUUUCGGUCAAUCAGGCAUUGAGGAGAAAAGCAAGCGACCGCCCAAGCCAACUGCAGGUUAGCAAUUUUGUAUCACUUAAAGCUCCAUCAAAAAAUGCAGCAUACGGCUGUAAAGAUCUACAUGUAUGUCGUCGUUGACAUGCCCGCAAGAAGGCCAGGAGGACCAAGGCAAUAUCGUGUUUACCAGCAGUACAUUGAAUAGUGAUCAGCUGAAGGUGGUGCACUGGAGUUAGAUAGGUUCGUAAACCCUUGGGAUACAUCCUGUCUUGUAGUAAAAUCUUUUUGUGGCUGUUACUGUUUGUUUUUUCUCAUUGUUUCAAGCGAUAGUUUCUAUAGUGGGUUUCUCUUCCAGAUCGUCGGUGUUCGCCAAUGGGCGCCCUUGAGAAUUUAGAUUUAUAAUCAGCCAAUUUCCUUUGCGUCGAGUACAUUUGCGUGUGGUCACAGAAAAACUAGUCAUUGAGAAACACUGUUACAGAGUUUCUGCAUCCAGACCUCUUGUGAGUUUCGAGGUCUAGGAUCUUGCCUCAUGUGCUAUCUGCUUAAGGAUGGUUUUAUGAUUGUGCAGAAGUUGUCUUCAAA